CUGAUCCUAAUUCUCUCACAUACCCCCAGUUUCACUCCCUCUCACUUGACGGUGACUGCAUUGCCGUGCUCUCUCUCUCUCUCUCUCUCUCUCUCUCAGUUAGCCAACCAUAACCCUCAUCACAGCUUUUUCAGCUUCGAGGGGAGUUCUGUUUCAGUCUUCGGCUCUCAUUCUGCUUCCCCUCGCUCCAUUUCAGUCGUUCUGGUCUCGUUCUUCUCUUGCUCGCCCUCACCGCGCGCUAUCCGUCACUGGUUCCUGUCGAUUCUGUAUCUUUAGUAAAAUCUGUUCAAGAACGCAAGAACUAUGAGAGGAAAAGGAAUGUCUUGUUACGGUUGGAAUUAGUGGUCCAUCGGCUCUGAAAGUCAAGGUUUCCUCCCUGUUGAAGAGUUCUUCAAACUUGAGCAAUAUUGGCAAGGUGUGUGACUUCCCUCUUAUAAUGGAGAGACUGUCCUUGCAGCAGCUAUACACACUUCCAACUACAACCUCAACUCUUCCCAUUCAGCAAUUCCUCUUCCCCUUAUUCACAGCCCCAACUCCCUUCCCAACUGAAUUGCACUCCCAAAGAUGUUGCAGAACCACCAUGCAUCGUCCAUUUGAAGCAUUCCCCAAGAGACAAGACCGUGCUUGCAUCAGCAAACAAACACAAGCAGAAGUAGAAGCAGAGGAAGAAGCUUCUUAUUCAGAUGAUGAUCUGUCCUUCUUGUCCCUCAGCGAGAAGCCUGAUAGGAACAUGGCCUUGCUUGACGAUUAUGAGGCCGACGAGCUCGACUUGGAUUUUGGCCCAAAUCACAGAAGCGGAUAUGUGGCUUUACUUGGCAAGCCAAAUGUUGGGAAGAGUACACUGGCAAACCAAAUGAUUGGCCAAAAGCUCUCAAUAGUUACAGAUAAACCUCAGACAACCAGGCAUCGAAUUCUCUGUAUAUGUUCUGGCUCAGAUUAUCAGAUGGUACUUUAUGACACACCUGGCGUCUUACAGAAGGAAAUGCACAAAUUAGACUCAAUGAUGAUGAAAAAUGUUCGCAGUGCUGCAGUAAAUGCUGACUGUGUGUUGGUCCUUGUUGAUGCAUGUAAAGCGCCUGAAAAAAUUGAUGAAGUGUUGGAAGAUGGAAUAGGAGGAGACCUUGAAGAAAAGCCUCCAACUCUAUUGAUUCUGAACAAGAAGGAUCUUAUCAAACCUGGUGAAGUUGCAAAGAAACUGGAGUGGUAUGAGAAAUUUACCGAUGUUGAUGAGGUGAUUCCAGUUAGUGCCAAAUAUGGUCAUGGGGUUGAAGAUGUCAGGGACUGGAUAUUGUCAAAGCUUCCCAAUGGACCAGCUUAUUAUCCAAAGGACAUUGUCAGUGAGCAUCCAGAAAGAUUUUUUGUGGCUGAAAUUGUUAGAGAAAAGAUUUUUAUGCAGUAUCGAAAUGAGAUUCCGUACGCAUGCCAGGUAAACGUUGUAAGCUAUAAGACUCGGCCAACUGCAAAGGAUUUCAUACAAGUGGAGAUUUUGGUUGAGAAAAACUCUCAGAAGAUAAUUGUUAUUGGAAGAGAAGGAAAGGCUUUGAAACUGCUUGCAACAGCUGCUCGCCUUGACAUAGAAGAUUUUCUACAGAAGAAAGUUUAUCUUGAGAUUGAAGUGAAAGUCAAAGAAAAUUGGCGACAAGAUGAAGGACUUCUUAAUCAUUAUGGUUAUGGGGGUCAGAUACGUGUUAUAUGACGCGAAGAAGCAAAUUUAUGUUCGUCAAAUAUUCCUUGAUAUGUGUAAGAUAUGAUCCCUAGGCGUCGGUGCCACCAAACGUAAUAUAAUUUUGAUUAACACUAACCCCCUUCCCCACCUUUCUUUCAAGUUAAA